AUGUUUUUCUUCACUAUCUUUCCACUCUUACUCUCUCUUUUCUUCAUAAUCAAGUAUUGGUAUUAUUACAACAAUUCUUCUGUCAUCACAAAAAACCCACCACCUUCACCUCCAAGACUUCCACUACUUGGUAAUCUCCAUCAACUUGGCUUAUUCCCUCACCGCACACUCCAAACUUUAUCACACAAAUAUGGCCCAUUAAUGCUUCUUUAUUUUGGCAAGGUUCCAGUACUCGUGGUUUCAUCUGCUGAUGCAGCAAGAAAAGUAAUGAAAACUCACGAUUUGGUCUUCUCAGAUAGGCCACAAAGGAAAAUCUUUGAUAUUCUUUUAUAUGGUUCCAAAGAUGUGGCAUCUUGUGCAUAUGGCGAGUUUUGGAGGCAAAUAAGGAGGCUCAGUGUGUUACACUUACUGAGUAAUAAAAGGGUUCAAUCUUAUCGUUGUGUUAGAGAGGAAGAAACUUCAAGAAUGAUGGAAUAUAUUAAGGAAUAUCCUUCUUCUUCCUUGUCGCCGUUGAAUUUAUCCGAGGUUUGUUCUACAGUUACAAAUGACAUAAUUUGUAGGGUGGCUUUAGGAAAGAGAUAUCGUGAAGGAAGAGGGAUGAAAUUUCAGCAAGUGUUGUUGGAGUUUGUGGAGUUAUUGGGUACUAUAUGCAUAGAUGACUAUAUACCUUGGCUUGGUUGGUUGGGAAAAGUAAAUGGUUUUUAUAGCAGAGCUGAAAAAGUAGCCAAAUAUUUGGAUGAGUUUAUAGAAGAAGUAAUUGAGGAUCACAUUUUUCGUAGGUCUGAUGGAGAUGUUGAUGUUGACGAUAAUGAAGAGCGUAAUGAUCUUGUCGAUGUUUUGCUUUCGCUUCAAAAGUCUAAUGCUAUUGGCUUCCCAAUUGAUAGAACUGCAAUAAAAGCUCUGAUAUUGGACAUGUUUGCGGGAGGUACUGACACGACUUACACGAUACUAGAAUGGGCGAUGACAGAACUAUUAAGAGACGAAACUGUUAUGCAUAAAUUGCAAGAUGAAGUGAGAACUGUGGUUGGUAACAAAACUCAUGUAUCUGAAGAAGAUUUGGUUAACAUGAACUACUUGAAGGCAGUGAUCAAAGAAACCCUUCGUCUUCAUUUACCGAUACCCUUAUUAGUCCCUCGGAGAUGUAUGGAAGAUAUCAAACUAGAUGACUAUGACAUUGCAGCGGGAACACAGGUAAUUGUCAAUGCUUGGGCUAUUGCAAGAGACCCUUCAACUUGGCACCAACCUCUAGAGUUUAAACCAGAAAGGUUUAUGAAUAGUUCAAUAGAUUUUAAAGGAACGGAUUUUGAACUUAUACCAUUUGGAGCUGGAAGGAGGGGUUGUCCUGGAGUGUUGUUUGCUAUUGCUGUGAGUGAAUUGGUGCUAGCAAACCUUGUUUGCCAAUUUGAUUGGAAAUUGCUUGAUGGAGUAGCUGCGGAGAAUUUGGAUAUGUCUGAAACUUUUGGCCUUGCCUGUCAUAGAAAAUAUCCUCUCUUUGCAGUGGCUACCAAAUAUGAGAAAAAAUGA